UUUCAAUACAGCCCCCAAUACUGGGCAUCCCACAGUCCACUUCUAAAUGCUCCACCAGCCCUUAAUGCCUGGCAGCUGAGAAUGGCUGGCAGCUCUUAAUGAGAGCGCUCGGACUUCGGAGCUUCAGCUGCAAGGCUAAUCGUAAUUUUUUAUCGCCCGUCAAGUUGAAGCCCCGCCCAAAUUUCUUGAACAGAAUCGUGAGGAAGCCAGAGGUUGUCAAAUCCAAGAUCAAUUGACCGACCCUGCUCAUCCCACCUUCUAGGCGCACACAUUCACCCCGCGAUGCCCGGCCGCACGAUAAACGAGGCCACUAGGCUAGAGGCCAAGACCGAAGACGUCGCUAUGGCAGAUGCGCCUACUUCUGCGCAGUCGCAUGCCGAGGAGAGCCAUGAUACCGCUGAAACAAUGAGGGAAGACGGAGAAGAGAAUGGAAGCAAGCAGGGAGAAGAGGAAGAGGAUGAAGAGGAACAGCCCCCGGCGCAAAGAAUCAGGGUCCUACCUGGGUCCACAACGACAGCUGCUUCUUACGAGUUUCUCGAGGAAGGACACACACUGGGAAACGCGCUGCGAUAUAUCAUUAUGAAAAAUCCUGACGUUGAAUUCUGCGCAUACGCCAUCCCGCAUCCGUCAGAACCCAAGAUGAACGUCCGAAUACAAACUUAUGACACAACUACCGCCAUCGACGCUCUGAAAAAGGGUCUACAAGAUUUGGAGGAUCUUUGCGAUGUGGUCGCAGAGGAGUUUUGGACCAAGCGUAAUGAGUUUGCUGCUUCGAAGGCAGACAUGAUGAGCGAGUAAAGGGGGCUCCUGUAGAGCCUAUCAACUGGCAGGUUAAGCAUCAUCCCGUGGUAUACGGCGGCGUUUGGAGCACGAUAGACGGGUUUCUCUGAGGCAUCUCAGAAUGUCUUUUGCUUGCCGAUUUCUAUGUAC